UUCGCCAUAUUUGGUGGUUCGUGGAAUGGUCAUGGCUAGAAGGGAUGUCGCGAAGACAGUAUGCUGUGGCUACAGCUUUUGUCAAAUUAACGUCAAAAGUGCAUAUUAGCUAACCCUUAACUAUAUUCCUAACCUGCUAUGUUAAUUCUCAUAACCAACGAAAAGUGAACUAUGACAAAAGCUGUAUCCAUCUAGUCAAAACCGAGUGGAAAUUUCAACCGGAUGCUUCAGAUUUAUACAUCCGGUGAAACAUCUGGCUACUUGUUCUAUCUGUGGCCAUGUUGCACCAACGGGCUUACCGUGAAGUUAUCUCAAAAAUAUGGUUUAUUCGGUUUCAAACAACACUGAGGUCGAGUUCGCAACAGGUUUGCGUCCGCCUUCUCCCCAGCUCUGGCUGUUUCUUCGACGAACCGGUGCACGUGAAGGUAGAUGGACUUUCUCCCCACCAGAAAGUAGAGUUGAGAUCCAAACUCAAGGACGAUAAAGGGGUAAUGUUCAGAGCUUCCGCUCUGGUCGCUGCAGAUGCUAACGGACAGGUGGACCUGUGUCGCUCUCCCUCUCUGGGCGGCAGCUACACGGGAGUUGAAUCCAUGGGCUUGUUUUGGGCCAUGACGGCCGAGACUCCACACAGCAAACUGUUAAAAAAAAAUGUUUUGGGUUCAAUGAUGGUUGACAUAGAAGUGCUGCAUGGGGACACAGGUGAGCUCUUGGCCACAGAGACCAAUGAGAGGCGGUUCAUGAUGGAAGGGGUAAGGAGAAUACCGUUGGGCUUGAAAGAAGGGAGAAUUCGGGGAGUCCUCUUUCUACCACCCGGGCUGGGUCCAUUCCCCGGUGUACUGGAUGUGUAUACUCUGGGUGGAGGUAUAUCAGAGGUCCGGGCCAGUCUUCUGGCUAACAAAGGCUUUGUGGUUCUGGCUCUGGCCUACUAUGGCUUCCAGGACCUGCCCAGAACCGUGCCCAAAUACUUUGACCUGGAGUACUUUGAAGAGGCUAUCACUUUCCUGAGGCAACAGCCACAGGUACAGGGUCCAGGAAUAGGAAUCCUGUCCAUCUCGAAGAGUGGGGAUCUGGCUCUGUCCAUGGCUUCUUUUCUCUCUGGCAUCUCAGCCACAGCCUGGAUCAACGGCAGCAACGCUAAUAUGGUGGUGCCACUGCACUACAAAGACCUCAUCAUCCCUUCCAUCACGCCUAUUGUUGAGAACGUCACCGUCUCCCCGUCCGGCAUCCUUGACAUCCGAGACGCCUUACCAGACCCAGAGACUGAGGUGAACCGCGGUUCCGUGAUCCCAAUAGAGCGUUCCAGUUCUAGGUUCCUCUUUGCCGCCUCUGAGGACGACAGGAACUGGAACAGCUGUCUCUUCGCUGAACAGGCCGCCGCCCGGCUGAGGCAUCAUGGGAAAGAGAACUUUGAGGUGGUGAUGUACCCCAGGGCGGGGCAUUUUCUGGAAGUACCCUACAUGCCCCACUGCCCGUCUGGCUUCCAUCCCGCGGUUGGUCAAGUGGUGGUGUUUGGGGGAGAGGCUAAAGCCCACCAUCAGGCUCAGCUGGACCUGUGGAGGAGGGUCCAGGCGUUCUUCAGAAAACACCUGGAGGGGAACAACACUAGCGAAAAAGCUACGUUUUAUACUAGAGGGUAAGACGAGGGAUUCCGUCAGGAACAUUUGGCACCGGACAACAUAACCGGGAAGUUUUUAAUUUACCAGACAUUUUAGAAAUGUACUGGACAUUCGUGUGCAUUCAGAUUCGACUACAAAGAGAGGGAGGAAGAAACUGCCCACCUGGUGAGGCAGUGCCAUCAAUAAACAAAGGAUAGCCUAUUGGCCAAAUGAGCCACAUUGGAAUUGUCCUUAAUAGCCUAUAACAAAUUACACAAACACUUCAGUGUUUUAGAUGUGUAGCAUUAGCAAACAUGUAUGGCCUAUUGUUUUAUUGGGUUUUACUUUCCUAAAACAAGUGUUCUCCUCAUGGUUCAGCUGUCGGAGAUUUGAGCACUAAAUGCAUCAGGGCAUUGCAUGCAUAUGUCUAUAGGCUUAGACGUCCACCAUAUGAUAUGAAUAUUUAAAAAAAAAUACUUGUAAAAUAAGAAAGUUAUUCCUUGCCCUAGAGACGGAGAGAGGAGAUAUGCCAGUGGCAUGCUGCGACACCUCCAUGCAUUUGUCAGGUGAUUACAGCGUCUGCAAGAUAUAGGUGUACAGAAGGAGGCUUAUUCAUUAGUUUUCAAUCAGAAUAUUUUUUAUAAAGAUACUCCUAUAAACAAUAUAAUGAUUAAUUAACUUAAUUAAUUAAGGUAGGCCUAAAAUGUUCUUCCUCACAUGAACUUCAACUUUCAGAGUCAGUUGGAGAGUCGGUGCGCACUGCUUUCAUUGUCCUGCAGCAGCCAGUUUAAUAGGCCUAAUAGCUGCACCAAACUUUAACAAAAGUUUCUAAACUUUAUUAGGGAAAUAUAAAAAGUCUUUGUUUGUAGAGAAAAUAUGAACGGAUUAUUAUAUUGCGGUAAACACACCAUUAUACAGUUAUAUAAUUAUACAUUAUAUAAUUUGGCCAUUGAAAAAAUAAAUACAAUUUAACAGAAUUUAAACACACUUGUGACGCAAUUACCAGCAAACACUAGUGCCUACCGUACCCAACAAAUGACAGCAAUAGGCUAAUAAUAUUUAUUUUACAACAGGCCCACUUUUUAACCUAUUUUAAACUAAAUACGAAGCACACACAGAUCGGACUUAAAAUGAAAAUGUCUCAACAGAAUAAUACAAAACACAUUUGACAUAUUUCAAGAACUGGUUUAGAUUAAUAAAUAGGCCUACACUAAUAGCCAUAUACAAUAAUAGGGUAAUGAUAAAACAAAUUAUUAGAAAUAAGAAAAUAAAUACAAGUUCCAAAAUAGCGAGUUGCACAGGAGCCUGCAUUUGGACGAGCCAACGUUCUUCUAAUCUUUGUCUACUACAAUAUUAAAACUUGGUCACACAGAGGACAUUCCCCUUGUAAGCUUUUCAUUGUAGACUUACUUUUCCCCCCUCUAACUUUCAUUUAACUUAAUAACCGAAGAAGGAUAGAAAAACAUAUGCGAGGCACAAACAUUCGCUUUGCUUAGCAGAGUUCUGCUUGGAACAAACCAAACCUAGUAUGUGGGCGUCUGAAAGGUUAGGUAAGGGUAGGAACGUCCCAAGGACCCCAGAUGGCACUAACCCCAAGCAAUAAUGCGAGAAGAGGACCCCACAUAAGAUAAUUAUUGUAGUAGGUGUAGAAUUGCACAAUUUAGGGAAUAUUCAGAGGUGGAAACUUUCCGUGGGAAUUAACGGAAUAUAUGGGAAUAACGGAAAUAUAUGCAAAUUGUUAUUAAUACCAUUUUAAAUGUAGAUGUUUUUUGCAUUGGAUUAUAUUUACCUUAUCAUAAGUAGACAUUAUUGCAAAUUAUUAAAUCCUUCCAAUAGAAAUUUUAAAAAACAAUUUAGUUACAAAUUGAACUUUAAUUAAAUGAGUUGACUCUUCACAUGGAAUGAUUUCACUGAACAACAAAAGAAAGUGAAUAUUGAAUGAUCCCCAAUGAUCCAUAGCAUCUCCCCCCCAAAAAUUCAACAUACAUACUGUAAAAUAAUAGUCUACAAACUAAAGCUUUGGUUGUCUUCCUCUCAUGCUUCCAUGUCUUCUCCCUGGACCUCCUCAAUGUCCACCACUUGAACAUCAGACUGAGAGGGCUCAUCUUCACUCUCACUUUCCAACCAUGUUGAGGAUGGCUCGUUGUCAGGCUCAAAUUUGCCCAGGUGGCCACCAAUUUUUCAAUCCUUGCAUUGGUCAGCCUGUUGCGUGCUUUGGUGUGUGUGUUCCCAAACAAGGACCAGUUGCGCUCUGAGACGGCUGAUGUUGGUGGGAUUUGGAGGAUGAUGGAGGCAACAGGGGAAAGAGCCUCAGAUCCACAAAGUCCCUUCCACCAGGUGGCUGGUGAGAUAUGUUGGCACGACUGCCAUAUUGCAUCUCCAUCCCAAAGCCCUUGCUUGGAUGUGUGCUUCGCCAGUCUGCCAAGAACCUUGCCCUCAUCCAGGCCAUACAGUAGUGAUGGCACCAUAGGCCUUGUUGAUCUCUGUACCAGACAGGAUGCUCUUGCCAGCAUACUUGGGUCCAACAUGUACGCUGCAGCAUGUUUGGGCUUCAGGCAUAACUGCAGUUUCCUCUGCUUGGAGCAACAGUGAAGUGGGCAGGGCAGAAUGGAUUUGUUCUCUUACAUCUGCAAGUAGUCUGAACAUCAGACAGGAUGGCAUUGUCUCCCUCAAUCUGUGUAAUGGCUACUGCUAUAGGUUUCAGGAGUUUUAGGCUGAUUAACAUUCUCUCCCAAAAUACAUCAUCCAGGAGGAUCCUUUUGAUGGGGCUGUCCAUAUCGGCAGACUGCGGUAUGGCCAUUUCUUGGAGAGACUGCUUCUCCUUCAGGAGACUGUCAAACAUGACAACACCACCCCAAUGGGUGUUGCAUUGCAGCUUCAAUGUUGUGCUCUUAUUCUUCUCACUUUCGUUUGUGUGGUAGAUUGCUAUAACUUGAUGAUCCUUCACAUACCUAACCAUUUCCUUGGCUCUCUUGUAGAGUUUAUCUGUUGUUUUCAGUGCCAUGAUGUCCCUGAGGAGCAGAUUCAAUGCAUGAGCAGCACAGCCAAUGGGUGUGAUGUGAGGGUAGGACUCCUCCACUUUAGAACAAGCGGCCUUCAUGUUCCCAGCAUUCUGUCACCAGUGGAAAUACCUCAGGUGGUCCAAAGUCAUUGACUGCCUUCAGCUCAUCUGCAAUGUAGAGACUGGUGUGUCUGUUGUUCCGUGUAUCUGUGCUCUUGUAGAAUACUGGUUGAGGGAUGGAGAUGAUGUAGUUAAUUAUUCUACAAGCAUGGACUUGUAGAUGACCUGGAGCCAGUGGGUCUGGCGACGAAUAUGUAGCGAGGGCCAGCCAACUAGAGCAUACAAGUCGCAGUGGUGGGUGGUAUAAGGUGCUUUAGUGACAAAACGGAUGGCACUGUGAUAAACUGCAUCCAGUUUGCUGAGUAGAGUGUUGGAAGCAAUUUUGUAGAUGACAUCGCCGAAGUCGAGGAUCGGUAGGAUAGUCAGUUUUACUAGGGUAAGUUUGGCGGCGUGAGUGAAGGAGGCUUUGUUGCGGAAUAGAAAGCCGACUCUUGAUUUGAUUUUCGAUUGGAGAUGUUUGAUAUGAGUCUGGAAGGAGAGUUUACAGUCUAGCCAGACACCUAGGUACUUAUAGAUGUCCACAUAUUCAAGGUCGGAACCAUCCAGGGUGGUGAUGCUAGUCGGGCAUGCGGGUGCAGGCAGAGAUCGGUUGAAAAGCAUGCAUUUGGUUUUACUAGCGUUUAAGAGCAGUUGGAGGCCACGGAAGGAGUGUUGUAUGGCAUUGAAGCUCGUUUGGAGGUUAGAUCGCACAGUGUCCAAGGACGGGCCGGAAGUAUAUAGAAUGGUGUCCCGCAGCAAGAGCAACAUCAUUGAUAUAUACAGAGAAAAGAGUCGGCCCGAGAAUUGAACCCUGUGGCACCCCCAUAGAGACUGCCAGAGGACCGGACAGCAUGCCCUCCGAUUUGACACACUGAACUCUGUCUGCAAAGUAAUUGGUGAACCAGGCAAGGCAGUCAUCCUAAAAACCGAGGCUACUGAGUCUGCCGAUAAGAAUAUGAUGUUUGACAGAGUCGAAAGCCUUGGCAAGGUCGAUAAAGACGGCUGCACAGUACUGUCUUUUAUCGAUGGCGGUUAUGAUAUCGUUUAGUACCUUGAGUGUGGCUGAGGUGCACCCGUGACCGGCUCGGAAACCAGAUUGCACAGCGGAGAAGGUACGGUGGGAUUCGAGAUGGUCAGUGACCUGUUUGUUGACUUGGCUUUCAAAGACCUUAGAUAGGCAGGGCAGGAUGGAUAUAGGUCUGUAACAGUUUGGGUCCAGGGUGUCUCCCCCUUUGAAGAGGGGGAAGACUGCGGCAGCUUUCCAAUCCUUGGGGAUCUCAGACGAUAUGAAAGAGAGGUUGAACAGGCUGGUAAUAGGGGUUGCGACAAUGGCGGCGGAUAGUUUCAGAAAUAGAGGGUCCAGAUUGUCAAGCCCAGCUGAUUUGUACGGGUCCAGGUUUUGCAGCUCUUUCAGAACAUCUGCUAUCUGGAUUUGGGUAAAGGAGAACCUGGAGAGGCUUGGGCGAGGAGCUGCGGGGGGGGGGGGGCGGAGCUGUUGGCCGAGGUUGGAGUAGCCAGGCGGAAGGCAUGGCCAGCCGUUGAGAAAUGCUUGUUGAAGUUUUCGAUAAUCACGGAUUUAUCGGUGGUGACCGUGUUACCUAGCCUCAGUGCAGUGGGCAGCUGGGAGGAGGUGCUCUUGUUCUCCAUGGACUUCACAGUGUCCCAGAACUUUUUGGAGUUGGAGCUACAGGAUGUAAACUUCUGCCUGAAGAAGCUGGCCUUCGCUUUCCUGACUGACUGCCUGUAUUGGUUCCUGACUUCCCUGAACAGUUGCAUAUCGCGGGGACUAUUCGAUGCUAUUGCAGUCCGCCACAGGAUGUUUUUGUGCUGGUCGAGGGCAGUCAGGUCUGGAGUGAACCAAGGGCUGUAUCUGUUCUUAGUUCUGAAUUUUUUGAACGGAGCAUGCUUAUCUAAAAUGGUGAGGAAGUUACUUUUAACCUGUUGAAACUCUAGGGGCGCAAUUUCAUUUUUGGAUGAAAAACGUUCCCGUUUUAAACAAGAUAUUUUGUCACAAAAAGAUGCUCGACUAUGCAUAUAAUUGAUAGCUUUCGAAAGAAAACACUCUGACGUGUCCAGAACUGCAAAGAUAUUUUCUGUGCGUGCCCUAGAACGUGAGCUUCAGGCAAAACCAAGAUGAGACGGCAUCCAGGAAAUGAGCAGGAUUUUUGAGGCUCUGUUUUCCAUUGUCUCCUUAUAUGGCUGUGAUUGCGAGAGGAGUAAGUCUGCCCUUUCUGUCGUUUCCCCAAGGUGUCUGCAGCAUUGUGACGUAUUUGUAGGCAGAUCAUUGGAAGAUUAAAUAGAAAAAAUAUCAAAUAGUAAUCUUAUCUAUUUUAUCUGUCAUUGCAAAGUUACACAGAAUGUGCUCAGGAAGAGGGGGGGGG